AUGCGCCCCUUCUCAUCACAGGGCCUCCGCCCUCUGCGUUCUCUCGUCUCCUCAGCCCCAACCUCGGCUCUUGCGUCGAGUCGCAUACCUGUCUCCCGAUUCUACUCUUCACAACUGCUCCAAUCAAAGCAAAAUCUACGAUCACCCGUCGUUCUUCGACUGCAGCGAGGCGCCAUUCCAUCAUUAUACCGAUAUAACUCCACCGCGCCCCGACCUCUCACCGAAUACCCGGCUCAAACCGAGACCGACGCCGAGCGCGAGCAAACAAACGAGGAGCGUCGCAAAUCAGAGGAAGCCUAUCGCAUUACUUUCACCUGCAAGCCAUGUGGUGAGCGCUCUUCGCACCGCAUGUCUAAGCAAGGCUACCACCGCGGCACUGUCCUCAUCCAAUGCCCUUCCUGCCAGAACCGUCACGUCAUGAGCGAUCACCUCGGCAUCUUCUUCGACAAGGGAACCACACUAGAAGAUCUGCUCAGUGAAAAGGGUCAGACAUUGCAACAUGGUCGUACCGAUGGCAACUUUGAAUUCUGGGACGAUGGCACAGUGAAGAGCUCCAACUUGGAAGGCGAUCAGACCAUGGAACCCGCCAAGCCGGAGUCGUCAUCUUAA